GCGCGGCCAUGGGGGAGGCGGAGGGCGGCUCAGCCGCUGUGGAGAAGCCGCCGCUGCCCGCGGCCGGCGCGGGGGCCGCCGCCGCCGUCGCUGCCGCCGCUGCCGCCGUCGCGGCCGCCGCCGCCGCGGCCGCCGCAGCCCCGGAGCCCGGCGUGCCGCCGGCGGCCGCGGCGGCAGAGGAGGCGGUGGUGGUGUGGAGCCCCGAAGUGGAGGUUUGCCUCUUCCACGCCAUGCUGGGCCACAAGCCCGUAGGUGUGAAUCGCCAUUUCCACAUGAUUUGUAUCCGAGAUAAGUUCAGUCAGAAUAUCGGACGGCAGAUUUCUUCCAAAGUGAUUUGGGACCAUCUGAGCACCAUGUAUGACAUGCAGGCUCUUCAUGAAUCUGAGAUUCUUCCAUUCCCUAAUAUAGAGAAGAAUUUUGUUCUUCCUGAUGAACUGAUUCAAGAAGUGAGAGAAGGAAAAGUAAUGAUUGAAGAAGAAGUGAAAGAGGAAAUCAAAGAAGAAAUGGAAACACAUGCAGGUCCAGAAGAAGUUUUUGCACCCUCUGGAAGUUUAGGAAAAACAACUGAAAAGCCAAGCAGCAAAGAGAAAGAGAAAACUUCAUCAGAUUCUGGGUCCAAAGAAGGAUCUGAUAAAAGGAAGCGCAACAGAGUCACUGAAAAGGUCUUAAAUGCAAACAGUAAUCCUUCUAGUCCAAGUGCUGCAAAACGACGCAGAACAUAAAGCUGUGAAAAGCAGAAGAAAUUAACGAUGGAACAUUUAAAAACAAAUAGCAGGAUAGUCAUUAUGUCAACUUUUUCAGAAAGGAGAAGAUAUCUGAGCCAGGUACUCGAAGAAUCUGCAUAUUGGCUUUAUGCAUACAAGACUUUGCCUGUCUUUCCUGAUUUGUUUGCUGGUUGGCACUGAGUAGCCGAGUGAUGGCUACCUUCUCAGGGCGUUCAGGAAGGAAGCUGGCAGCAUUUAGUGGUUUGUGUGUUUGUAACAGUUGCUGUGUUUGCAUUUCCAACCAGAAGCACACACUGUGUCGGCGUAGUUCAUGAAACAAGUGUUCGUCAUAACACAGAGCCUCAAUUCAUGAGAAGUAUAGGUUAUUUCUGUAACUUUUGAAUUGCUUGGUUUUUGCUUUUUUUAUUGUUGUGAAUAUCACAGGCCCUCUUCGGGCAACGUUGUUUGGCCGUUUUAAUUUAUGCAAACAUAGCGUUUGUAUCAAAUGUCUGAAUUUGUUGGUUCAGUAAAACUAAAAUACUUUUAAAUACAGAUAACUACUGUCUUGAAGUAUUCUUUCACACUGUUUGCUGGAGAAAUGUCAACUUUUACCUUUAGCGAUGUAACUAUUUUCCAUUUUUACGGUUUUAUACACUGUAAGUAAAGAGAAAAUGAUAAUGCCUGUAGAGAGAAUAAUUAAGAAGUGUCCUAAAUAAAGCAUCUGGCGGCAUCACAUGGUUUUGGAAGGGAUCAGCUGAGCUGUGCCUAAACUUGGGGGUGUUGCUUCAUCCAUUUGUACUACAGUAGUAUAAAACUGGGGGGGUUGUACUUUGUUAUUUAUUUUUAAAGCUGUUUUAUUAAAUGUUAAGUGGAAUUGGUGUUGCAAAGCAUUAACUUUGUUCUACAAUGUAAAUUUUUACUGACAUUGUAAUGCUUACCUUUUAUAUGCCAGAACACUAUGAUUGAAGUUAGUAAUUUUGAGUGGUGAAAAGAUGGACCGCGGCCAACAAAGACACGUGACCAGGCUGAAAUAUUACCGAAUUUGUUCCACCGCAUUACCUGUUAGUUAAUAAAAGGAAUUCUUUC